CCCCGCGCCCCGCGGGCUGCCGGCGCCAUUUUUAAACGGCUCCCGGCUGAGGGGACGCCGGGCGCGGGGGGAGCCCCGCGGGCUCCGCGCCGGUGCCGGUCGCCGAGCGGGGGCUGCGGGGAGCGGCCGGCGGCGGAGAGCGGCCGUCCUCGCCCGCCGGUAACAGCCUCUGCGUGCGGCCUGUCAGCGGCCGCCGGGCCGGGCGCGGCUCUGGGGGUACGCGGCGUGCCUCCUGCCCCGGCAGCGAGCCUGUGCUGGGCGCCGCUCUGCGCCUUCGGGUGACCCGAUCUCCUGGGAUGUCAGCUGAAAAGGUGCACAGCGAUGUAGAUUUGUUAUAAGUUCAUUUUUUUUGGUCCUCUCAAUACUCAUCGUGAACAGUCACCAUAAAAUGGAUGCUUUGGGCAGUCUCCUUCCUCCCAUGGCUGGAAAUGGCGAUGUGGCUAAUUCACAAGAAUUACAAAAACUUCUGAUUGAUGAAAAAAUGCGAUGUGAGCACCACAAAGCAAAUUAUCAAACUAUAAAGGCAGAACAUAUAAGGUUACAGGAGGAAUAUACAAAAUCACAAGAUGAACUGAAGCGGUUGUUAGUUGAAAAGCAGACUGUACAUGAAAAAUUCCAGUUUCUUCUUGCUGAAUAUAGAGAGGAGUUGUUGGGUAAAACACAAGAGUUGGAGAGACUGAAGAUGCAGGUCCUAACUCCUCAGAAAUUAGAGCUGUUAAAAGCACAAAUACAGCAGGAAUUGGAAUCUCCUAUGACAGAACGUUAUCGGAAACUAGAAAAUGAAGUGGAAAAAUACAGGACAGAAUUUAACAAACUUCGUUAUGAACAUACUUUUCUGAAAUCAGAAUUUGAACAUCAAAAGGAAGAACACGCACGUAUUUUAGAAGAGAAGAAAAUAAAAUAUGAGGCAGAGUCAGGCAAAAGCACCAGGAGGCCUGCAUGGUUGAACAAGGAGCUCCUGGCCAAACUCAAGCAGAAAAUGGGAGACCUGGAUACCCAGAAUAUGGAGAAGGCUGAGAUUGCAAGGCUGGAGAAAGAUAAAGAAGAACUCCAUGAUCAGCUGCUCAGUGUUGAUCCCACAAGGGACAGUAAACGUGUGGAAGUACUCUCCAGAGAAAAGGCACAACUCUAUCAGAAAUUGAAAGGCUUAGAGGCAGAAGUAGCGGAACUAAGAGCUGAAAGAGACAAUUGUGGUGCACAAGCAGAAAGUGUUCAAAGAAUACAAGUCCGACAGUUAGCUGAGAUGCAGACUCUGACAAGGUCUCUAGAGGCAGAAAAGAAGUCAGCUGAACAACAGAUUGAUCGAGUUGAGAAAGAAUUGCAGAUGAGUCAUGAGCAAAACAUUCUUUUAACGAGCAAACUUCACAAAUCUGAAAGAGAAGUCAAUUCCUUAACUGCUAAAGUAGAAGAACUUAAACAUUCACACAAAUUAGAAGUAACAAAUGUCAAACUGGAGGCAGCAAGAACAAAAAGUGAAGCAGAAAGAGAGAGAAACAAGAUUCAAAGUGAAAUGGAUGGAUUGCUGUCAGACAAGGAAAUUCUUAAGGCAGCUGUUGAGCGUCAUAAGGUGCUUUUAGUAGAAAAGGAUCGAGAGCUAAUUCGUAAAGUGCAAGCUGCUAAAGAGGAAGUUUUUGAAAAAAUUGCAGCCUUACAAGAUGAAAAGUUAGAACUUGAGAACAGAUUAGCUGAUCUAGAGAAGAUGAAACUGGAACAAGAUACUUGGAGACAAACUGAAAAGGAUCAGUAUGAAGAGAAGCUACGUGUUGUACAGCUGGCAGAAGAAUCUAGCAAAAAGGAACUUCAGCGUCUGCGAUUAAAAAUUCAACAGCAAGCUAUGCAAGCAGAGGAGCUAGAAGAGAAGAAACGUGAAAGCGGCGAUCUAAAACAGCAAAUUCAAGACAUGCAACUCCAAGUUGCUUCACUUUCUCAGUCAGAAAAUGAUUUGCUGAAUUCUAAUCAGAAGCUGAAGGAAACAAUAGAAAGACUGAGACAAGAAUGUCAAAACGCCAGGACUCAGGCAGAAAAAGCUCAACUGGAAACAGAGAAGACUUUAGAAUACAAACGUAUUGAAUGGCUGGAGGAGAAGCACAUGCUUACUCAGCGCAUCACAGAGAAAGAGGAGAAAUACAAUGAAGCAAAGAACAAGCUAUGUCGAGCUGCUGUUGCUCAGAAAAAGAGAAAGACGCUCAAUGAUAAUAAACAAAGGAGGAUGCAAGAGAAACUACAACUUCUGGAAGCCAAGAUAGAAGAACUAGAAAAAGAAAAUCAUGUGUUAAAUAGGCAGAAUGUCUCCUACGAAGAAUAUGCGCGCCUCCAGAAGAGGCUGAAGGACUUGCAACGUCGACACAAUGAGUUCCGGAGUUUAAUUUUGAAUCCUAACAUACCAUCGCUCAAUCCAGCCAGUGUAACGUCAUCGUCUGCCUUGCCUCCUGGGCCCGAAGUGUCCUUCCCCCUCCUUCAGGUGGAGGAACAGCAUCAAAGAGAGCUUUCCCUGCUUCGCAAGCGUCUGGAAGAACUAGAAACCACGCAGAGAAAACAGCUGCAAGAGCUUGGACCAUCUAGAGAGCGAGUAGCAGUGGGAACAUACAGGGACCUAGCCAGAAAUAAGACAGCUGAGGAAGGUGGUGCACAAGGUGAGGACUCCAAAUAAACCCUGUGGAUUCUACGUAGUGUUAGUCUUCAGUAGCUUAUCAUUUGUACAUGCUUUUGGUAUUCUGCCAAACCAUGACUGUAUGUGCCUGAAUUGCCUAAAAAACACUCUGCAUAGUUUUGUAUUUAUUUUUGAUAGACUGUUUAAAUUAUCAAAUACAAUGUUUUCUAAACAAAAUCAUUGUAAGAGUAACUGCAUUUUGAAAAUAUCUUUAUAAAUGAUAUAAAAAUAUUUGGAAGUCAAAACCUGAAAUAAUCUUAUUGCACAAAACUUUAAAAAAUAUUUUAGCAAUAUUUUAGCUGAAAUUUUGACAUUUGAAAUAUAAAUCAAGAUCCAAUUUUCUGGAAAAAUCCUAAAAUAAUGUCGUUGAUAAUAUCUUCUUCCUCCUUUGAUGUAGAAGUUAUUGUAUCAGUGUGGAAUUUUGCUGGGUUGAUAUUUGGGUUGUUAACCAGUUGCUAUAAUCUACAUUUGGAAUGUUAUUUUGAAGUUCCCAUGCACAUAGACAGGAUGAAAUGAAUUGAAAAAGCGAUGAAAACUUUUCUGUGCUACUCUUGUCAGUGUGCCUCUUGUACUUCUUAUAAUGGGCAGAAGCAAUAAUCGUUUUUUUUAAUAAUGUAGUGGAGUUAAGUAUAACAAAUUGCCUUCACAUAAUGAAAAGAGUUUGUAUUUGUUGUUGCUACUGUAAUUUGUUUACUCCGCUACAAUAAAAUCUAUUUAUUCAACGUU